AUGCCACAAGUUGCUAAAUGAUGGAGAAUUCUCUGGGGAAAUACAAGUCCACGUUUGCCACCUUUUUAUACUCUUCUGUCAGAUGUUGAGAGGGAUGAGGUCAUCCUGCAGAGGAAGCAGAAGCAGACUGACUAUGGAAAGAACACUGUGGGCUACCAGCUCUUCCUUCAGCAAGUCCCCAGGGGAGAGAGGCAACCAGGGGUUCAUCCUCAUACUCCAAACAAGUGCAAGAAAUAUAGCUGCCACUCUUGAGACAUGCAGAUCAAGCUGUGGAGAUAAGCUCUGCGUGCCUGGGACCCUUGUAACAGGCAUCCUGCUCAAGAUGGACAAGGACUUCUGGAAGACACUUCUGUCCAUUGUCCUAGGUGCCUAUUCAGUGCUAUACAAGAAAGAUGCCCUUUGAGGGAAGGGAGAAUGGGGGAAGUGUAG